GUGUUUUUCCAAAAUUAGUAUUUUUAGAAACAGUUCUUGGUAUACUCAAAUUAAUUAAAUGUUGAUUUUUUUGAGAAAAAAAUGUGAUUUCAGGUGCACAUAAUAAAGAAUUGAAAUUACAUGUUACAGACCUGCUCAUGUGUUGUUAAGCUAUUGCAUCGUAAAGCAGGAUGGAGAACACUAAAUACAAUGACCAGACUUCAGGUUCAAGUUCAGACAAUGAAGGAUCUGGAGAUUCAAGGGAAAGUAAUUCCAUGAGACAACAUGCAGCAGACGGCGCAAAUCCAGAACUUGAAUUGUUACUUAGUAAAAGUUACUCAGAGCCCCAGAUUACUGAAAGACAACACAUGGAAAGCAGACAUGCUGAAUGGCAACAACCUGAAAGUCGACAUGCAGAAAAUCAGCAUGCCCAAAGCCGACAUGCUGUAAGCCAGUUUGCUGAAAGUCAGUUUGCUGUAAGCCAACAUGUUGAAAGCCAACUUGCUGAAAGUCGACAUCCUGUAAGCCAGCAUGUUGAAAGCCGACAUGCUGAAACUCGACAUGCUGUAAGCCAACAUGUUGGAAGCCAACCUUCAGUGUAUUCAUACUCUAGAACAUCACCUUACUAUUCUUAUCCUGUAAUUGACAUGAGAAAAGCUCACAGAAUUGGUAUGCCGCAUUUCCAUAAAAUUAGAAAUAAAUCUACACAGAAAAAUGACUUGAAAUUUGAAGUGAGCCAAAUGUUCAAUGUAAAAAGCAGCAAGAUCUACAUUAUUGAAGAAGAGGGGCGAAAGGAAGAAGUUUUAUUGAAAACAAUUAUCGUUAUUCUUCCAGACAAUGUUGGAGAAGAAUGUUAUCCAUUGAUAGUAGAGUGGUAUGAGUCUAUGGACCAUAUACAUCCGCAGAUUUUAUGUGCAAGAAUGCCAGUUACAUGGAAGGUUGCUGACGUAAAGAAACUACUUGCAGAAGAGUUUUCUUGGAAGGGACUCAUACUCUGUCGAAAUGGGAGUGUUCUCGAAGACAGCAUAAGUUUAAAUUCUUGUAACUUCAGAAAUCUUGAGAAAGUUCAGGCAAUGAAGCAAAGUUGUCACAGAAUUGAAUUUAUUUACCAGCCAAGAUCAGAUAUAUCAUGUGCAUACUGUCUUGACGUUGACAUGAACUGGUCUGUUAAACAGGCGAAGAAACAGUUCGAGACAAAUUUUCAUGCUGAAAUUCAGAAACAGAAAAGUAACAAAGAAUCGACCAUACAUUUUUGUUUUCAAGAUCGUCUGCUUGAAGAUAAGGAAUGUGUCGGUUUGGUGCUGCGUAAGAAUAUCAAAGAUGAGAAAAUAUCCAUCCAUUUCGGAUCAGAAGAUUCAAUAAGCAUUGAUCUGAAGUUCAGAGCAGGAAGAAAGACGAGGCACAAAUUGCUCAUUGUCUCUAAAGAAAUUUCAACGGCAUUUCUAAGAGCUGAGGUAUCAAAACAUCUUGGUGUAGACCCAAAAGCAGUGAAACUGACUUUUGAGGACAAGCUUAUUGACGAACAUGACAAUUUGAGCCAAGUUUAUAAAACCAAAUGGUGCAGCGGAUGCAAAAUUGCUGCUGGUGUAAAGAAAUGUAAGAAACUGAGAAUAAAGCAUCCAACAGAAUGGGAAGAGGUACCAUUUGAAAUGUUCAUGCUUGAACCUGUAUCAGUACUGAAGAGCAAAAUUGCAAAAAGAUGGGGUCUGAAAUUACUUCAGAUUUCUCUUUUCUGUCGAGGAAUUCGGAUGGAUCACCAUCAGCCUCUUCAGUACUACCCUAUCAAAAACAAUAUGGAAAUUUCUCUGCAUUUAUUCAAAUACAGAAUCGUUCUUAAAGUGGUUAUAUUGAAAGGAAAGAAGAGGAUCAGCCUGAUUAUAGACGAUAGUCACGUAACUACUGUGGACGAUUUGUUGAGGUUUUGCGCACACCACUUCAGUUACGCUCGUCAACGUUCAAGAGGAAUUUUCAAAGACCAUUGCCUGGACAGGAAGUGUACGCUAGCGGAAGAGGGGAUUGAAUCUGGAGAUACAGUAAUCAUAAGCUACUUUGAUCAGCCAGAUUUACUGCAGGGUAGCCUCAUUAAAAUAUUUAUGGUGCGCAAAGAUGGGCAUAUAGUACAGCGUAUUGGAACAGUUAGCUCGGGUCUUCUGCUUCAUGCCCCAAAGACAACAGAAGCUCCUCAGACGGAGGAAACUAGCCUAGAUAAUGGACAUGUACCAGAGGGGAUCCAUGUUUGUGAGGCCAAGGAGGUUGGUGUGUCCAGUACGGCUGCUCGAAAGUUGAAGUUAGAUGAAAAAAGAGAAAACAAUGGGGAAAAAAGGCCACUUUCAUUAACAGACAUUUUGAAAAAUAAACCAAAAUAUUUAAACAGAGCUAGAAGGGUAAUUCUGCAGAAAUAUUCACAAGCAAUGGAACAUCUGAAGUUGCAACGUCCGAAGUCUGAAGAAAAACCAUCUUUCUACCUUGAAGAGAGUGAUACUGAGAACACCACUGGAGGCUGGAAAUCUCCAGAACUGGAGUUAGACGAAGAAACUGGUAAAAAAACUGUUGUGUCUAGUAACAGUGGAAAGAGUGAUACUUCAAAUACUGAAGUUAAAUCAAAGGUAGAGGGUCUUCAGAAUCAAAGUACUGGAAGUGCUGACCAUGUGGAAGGUCCUGAGAGGAGUACAGAGUGUGUUAGAGGAGAAAUUGAAUCAGAUGGUCCAGUUAAUAAAGAAAAUGAGGUAUGCCAGCGUGUGAAAUGCAUUGAAAACUGUUGUAAAAAAAUACGAGAAGUACAAAGUGCAAAAGAGUUUGCUGAUUUUGAAGACCCACAACGUUCUACUCUUCAACAGUCUGCAAAUCAGGAAAGCAGUUUGAAAGAGGUAACAAUGCAACCAUGUCAUAAAAAUAUAGGUGAAAUGCGGGAUGGUGGUAACAGAAUGCCCCUAAAUGAAAGUGAACUGAAAAGUCAGAAUAUUGACUUUUCACCUGAAAAUCUACGACAGAAGAUUAAUUUUAAGGAAGAAUUAGUUGACAAAACCUUUACUAAACAAACAAGGUUUAAGGUCAUCGAAAGGAAAACUAAUGACUUGAGUGGUUGUGAGGGGGAAACAUCGGGCUGUGAAAGUUCUCAUGACAUCACAUAUAGACCUAAUAUAACAACAAACAGACAAGAGAAAGGAACUGAAACAGACAGCUCAGAUAUUGAUCAUGUGACAAGUAGCCAUGGCGAGGACUGUCUGUGUGGGAGAAGGUGCUUGCCAAGUGGAAAAUUUACAAAUUGUCCCUUCCUCCUGCAGUUAAACUUGCAUGGCAUUUCUGUGAGAAAGCCGCGAUCACAUACAGUUUCUGAAAGUGCGGUUGCACUUUGUGACUUAUUACCAUUAUAUCAAAGUCAAAGACAUUUGCCCCUCAAUCGAACAUAUCCAACAUUUGAAGGUCAACUUGAUAGAAUUCCCAAACCAAAUGCCGAUAUAGAAACUUCAGGAAUCACUUUCCCGCUUCUUUAUUAUGUGGCGAAACAUGUGGGAAAUAAAUGGAAGCAAGUUCUACGAAAAUUAAAAGUUGAUGAAAGUGAAAUUGAUGAAAUUGAAUAUAAGUAUAGCAGAUCCGGUCUGCAGGAGCUUGGACUUCAAGCUCUGAUGUUAUGGAAACGAGGCUUUGGGAUGGCUGCUUCAAAAGAACUCCUUCUUCAAGCCCUCCUAGAUGCUGGAUUGAAAUCUGUAGUGGAGAGCUGUGAAAACGUAGGCUACUGUACAGCAUAAUAUAUUGUUAGAUAUGAGAUUCAUAAGGCAGAGAUUAUUUUAUUAGCUCGACUAUUGGAAGAAUAGUCUAGCUAUUCUACUCACCCUGGCGUCGGCGUCGGCGUCACACCUUGGUUAAGUUUUUGCAUGCAAGUACAUACAGCUAUCAUUUAAAGGCAUAUAGCUUUGAAACUUAUUUAUUCUUUUUCUAGGUCAAUUACCAACCUCACUGGGUCAAGUUCCAUAACUCUAACAUGUAUUUUGAGCAAAUUAUGCCCCCUUUUGGACUUAGAAAAUUCUGGUUAAAGUUUUACAUGCAAGUUACUAUCUCCAAAACUAAUGCAGAUAUUGAAUUGAAACUUCACAUGUGUCUUCGGGGUUAUAAAACUAGUUGAUAGCACCAAGUCCCAUAACUCUGACCUUCAUUUUGGCCAAAUUAUGCCCCCUUUUGUACUUAGAAAAUUUUGGUUAAAGUUUUGCGUGCAAGUACAUACAGCUAUUACUAAAAGGCAUAUAGAUUUGAAACUUAUUUUUUCUUUUUCUAGAUCAAUUAUCUACCUCACUGGGUCAAGUCCCAUAACUCUGACAUGUAUUUUGGCCAAAUUAUGCCCCCUUUCGGACUUAGAAAAUUCUGGUUAAAGUUUUGCGUGCAAGUACAUACAGCUAUUACUAAAAGGCAUAUUGAUCUGAAACUUAUUUUUUCUUUUUCUAGAUCAAUUACCUACCUCACUGGGUCAAGUCCCAUAACUCUGACAUGUAUUUGAGCAAAUUAUGCCCCCUUUUGGACUUAGAAAAUCCUGGUUAAAGUUUUACAUGCAAGUUACUAUCUCCAAAACUAAUGCAGAUAUUAAAUUGAAACUUCACAUGUGUCUUCGGGGUUAUAAAACUAGUUGAUAGAAUCAAGUCCCAUAACUCUGACAUGUAUUUUGGGCAAAUUAUGCCCCCUUUUGGACUUAGAAAAUCCUGGUUAAAGUUUUGCGUGCAAGUACAUACAGCUAUUACCAAAAGGCAUAUAGCUUUGAAACUUAUUUAUUCUUUUUCUAGGU